AUGGGUGGCCUGGUGCAGCACUUUCAGUUGCCUGGAGACAUCACAAACGAGAGAUUCAGUUGGGUUCCAGAUAGGUUGACAAUCGAAAGCAAGACAUUGGUUGUUGAUCAGAUGGCUGUUGAUCUGUUCGCUGAGCUUGGCAAUUGGCUUGCAAACGUUUCGUCACCACACGAGAAGACAUCAUCAGUGCGCAGUUGGCGAACAGAUCAACAGCCAUCUGAUCAACAACCAAUAAACUCACCCGAGCUACCAAUAUUUCACCACAUUACCGAAUGCAAGACAGUUGUGUGGGCUACUGGGUAG